AUGGCAACAUCAUCCCUGCCGGCAACGUUGUGUUUGAUUACAUGUGCGAUUGUGACGCUUCAAGUGGUUAGUGCCGCCGUCGUACGACAGUACACCUGCGACAGUUACUUCCAAUCCUGGUGCCAGCUUCACAAUGCCACAGUCCAUAUGGACACCGAGGUCCAAGCGAGUAUGUUCCCCCGGGUGCGUCAGCUAGGCUUCAUCUACGGUUCGAUCGGUAACUUUUCGCACAUCUUCAACAACCAACUGUUCAAAGCAGGAGUUUUGCGGGUGUUUGCACGUGGAACUCGCAUUGCGCACCUCACCAUGCCCAGCACGAUUGACCAACUAUAUCUACGUGACAAUGGUUUGCAAACGUUAGAGAUAGAUCAUCGCACCCGUUACACACUACGCUAUCUGCGGAUCCAGAUGAACAAACUACGCUCUAUCGUACGAUUCGAGCAUCUAACGCAACUGCUGGAAUUAAAUCUCUGCGACAAUCUCAUCGAAGAAGUAGCACUGGAUACGUUUGCCACCAUGCCUAACCUGCGCCAACUGAUACUGUGCGGGAACCAUGUUAAAUCGUUCGGACCUUCAACGACAGUCGUACACCUCCCAUCACUAACCCACCUAGAUCUUGGCGGUAAUUUCCUUCAAAGGCUGCCCCUUGAGCGGUGGCAGUUGCCACAGCUGAUUAAUCUAAGCGUGCGCGACAAUCUGCUUACCACGCUCGACAGCAGCCAGAUCGUGCGCCGGUUCCCAUUGCUACGCAUUCUGGACGCAUCGGCGAACGCGCUCGAUUGCCACUCGUACCACGAGGCACUGCAAACGUUCGUCAAUCGGUCCGUGGUGCAUCUGAUCGAUCGACGCAUGUGCAGUGUGGACGAUGCGAUCGUACUGGAGGCGGAGGAAAUGCGACGACCGAACAGUAUCCAACCGGAUGACCGAAGCGCAACGCUGGAGGUACGACAUCUCAAGGAACGCAUCUUCCUGCAACAGCGCACCAUACAGCAGCAGCGGAUGGAAAUCGAGCAGCUGCGUGCCAACCUGACAACGCUGAUGGAGCAGUUCGAUCUGGUCGCUGGACCGGCAAGGGCACUGGAUCCAUUUUAGCACGAUGCUCGUUAGCAA